AACAAUUUCGGAGGUCCCCAGUUUGUCUAGGGAGACGUGGAUGUGAGUGGCGCCGGGCAGUCCCCGGCACAGUGGAGGAAGUCGUGCUACCCCGCGGGGUUGGCUUGUGUUCUAGAUUCAUCCCGACACCACCAUGUCGAAGGUUUCUUUUAAGAUCACGCUGACGUCGGAUCCGCGGCUGCCGUACAAAGUACUCAGUGUUCCUGAAAGUACACCUUUCACAGCAGUCUUAAAGUUUGCAGCAGAAGAAUUUAAAGUUCCUGCUGCAACAAGUGCAAUUAUUACCAAUGAUGGAAUAGGAAUAAAUCCUGCACAGACUGCUGGAAAUGUUUUUCUAAAACAUGGUUCAGAACUGCGGAUUAUUCCUAGAGAUCGUGUUGGAAGUUGUUAAUAUCUGCUAUUUGGAACAUACGAUUGCCUUUCAGAAUAAAUAUUGGUAUUUUUUGUUGUUGUAAAAUUGAAAUCAGACAUUUAACAUACUAUGAAAACACAAGAGUCAAUGAGUAUUGAAAGAUGACUCAUCUGUCCCUUUUUGUUGUCCAUACUCUUCAUGUGAAGAGGGAAUGCGUAUGAAUUAAGGGUACUACUGUCACAGAAGAUCAUACAGUCUUUGAUUGCUACCUCACAACACAAACAGGUAGUUUGUUGGGGGUAAAUGAAUCAGCUAACUGUGUUAACUGGAAGCUUCUGAUAAUUUUUUAGAGAACAAUUUGGAACAUUAAAAUUUACCGAAUCUUA